CAGGUGAGAUAGAAGGAUUUCGCAAGCGGGGGAUGGAGCACAGUGCUGGACAGACUAUAAAAGGGGACGCCCUCCUGCCCCUCCUCAUUCCACCUUCUUUCUUGCUCUUGGUUCUUUCUUGCUCUUCGCUUGCACAAAAUGAGCCAGGUUAGCCAGACGCUGAUCAAGGGGGAAUUUUCUGAGCUGGAAAAAGCAAUUGAGACAAUCAUCAACAUUUUCCACCAAUAUUCGGUACGCGUCGGGCACUGGGACACCCUGACCAAGAAAGAGCUGAGGCAGCUGAUUGACAGGCACUUGGUGAACUUCCUGAAGACACGGAAGGACCAUUCGGCCAUCGACAGCCUGUUCAGUGAGCUGGACAGAAACAAAGACCAGCAGCUCAGCUUUGGGGAGUUCAUGGUCCUGAUCACCCGGGUGACCAUCGCCACCCAUGAGCACAUCCACCAGGAAGAGGGGGGCCAGCAGCAACAACAGCAUCAGCACUAAGCUCAGGCUGCUGAAGCCUGAGGCCGGGGCCACGCGCAUCGAGACAGGAGCUGAGCGCGGCUGAGACUCCCCCCGGGUGGGGUCUGACGAUCCGGCCAUGAGACAAUAAAGAUUUGCUGUAAAGUU